UUAUUGCCAAAGUUCUUUUUUUUUUUGGUUUAUACUAGAUACGUAGUACGUACGGAGGAUAAAUCAUAAUUUUGUUCUUGUGGGUAAACCAAGAAGUGAAAAGCGCUACACAUACCGAAAGGACCUUUGGAACCGUCUAGAGACUUUUUAUUAGAGCAGCAUUAUUCACACGGUUAAUAACGUCUCAUCUUCGCUAUGCCACGUGUCGAAACCUGGUGCCUUCAAGAACGUUCUCCUUUACUCUUCUCUUAACUGCUUUUUAUAACAAGAUCCUAAUUUUUUCUCCAACCCUCCAAAUCUCAAAUUUGCUACUGUAAAAUCUUUACCCGAUCAAACCAAACAAAACAAACACAACUUUCUCCGCCGGAGAAAAAAUAUUGUAAAUUCGUCGGUCGUCUCCGUCUCCAGUUCGUUCGUAUAGUACCUUUGAGGAUUCGAAUAUUCCCGCGUGUUUUUCCCCAUUCCUUUGAUCAGAAUCCAUUAAUUGUUUCCCUCUACAGUUUCCUAGAAUGUAUAAGUGGAAUCUUCCGUACCGGAAAGAUGACGUGGAGACCGGCGCUGGUGGCGGUGAGAGCACUCUGUAUCCGACGAUGCUCGAGAGCCCCCAACUCCGAUGGGGUUUCAUCCGUAAGGUAUAUUCCAUAAUCGCUUUCCAGCUUUUAGCAACCAUCGCCGUCGCCGCCACCGUUGUCUUCGUCCGUCCUAUUGCCGUCUUUUUCGCAACCACUACUGCCGGUCUUGUUCUCUGGAUUGUCCUUAUCAUCACGCCUCUUUUAGUGAUGUGCCCUCUGUACUAUUACCACCAGAAACAUCCGGUGAAUUACUUGCUUCUAGGGAUUUUCACGGUGGCUUUGGCUUUCGCUGUGGGGUUAACGUGUGCUUUCACCAGUGGAAAAGUGAUUCUUGAGGCAGCGAUAUUAACGACAGUAGUGGUGCUUUCCUUAACAUUCUACACCUUCUGGGCGGCGAAGAAAGGAUAUGAUUUCAAUUUCCUCGGUCCAUUCUUAUUUGGUGCUCUCAUUGUUCUCAUGGUCUUUGCCCUUAUUCAGAUAUUCUUCCCGUUGGGUCGGAUCUCAGUGAUGAUCUAUGGUUGUUUGGCUGCGAUAAUAUUCUGUGGGUACAUAGUUUAUGAUACAGACAACCUCAUCAAACGUUACAGUUACGAUGAGUACAUCUGGGCAGCAGUUUCGCUCUACUUGGAUAUAAUCAACCUCUUCUUGGCUCUCCUUACCAUUUUCAGAGCUGCCGAAUGAAGCGUAUUUAUUCCUUGUUUUAAGUAUGGAUGUUAUUAUCAUGUGCUUUUUCAAAUCUUUGAUAUUCUCAUGUACACAGUAUAACGUGGCAAUGUAACCUGUUUUAGUAACUAUGAGUAGUAUUGACUUGAAGACCAGAA